AUGAUAUCAAUAACGUUUGAAGCUCUGAGCGUUUUGGCAAAUGUUUGGAUUAAUAAUCCAACUAUAAUGUUUAUUGAAAAUACAGAAUCACCAAUUCGAGAAAUACCUUUUCCUUCGAUCAUGAUUUGUCCAUCGAGUCAAAUUCGAAAAUCUGUUUGGGAUAAAUUUAUGGACACGAACAGCUCUUAUUGUUGUUCAGAAGUAUUUCAGUCUGAUGGUAAAUGGCAGAAUACAACGUUGGAUAAUGUUUGUCAAUACAUUCAACCAAUAAUAGGCAUAUUUGGAAUUUCAUUUUCUAAUCCCGCUGAAUAUUAUUCGGUCACUCCAAGAAAAUUUGUUACACCAGAUACGUACACCAAAAUACAAAUCACUCCGUUCGUGAAAAAAAUUAAUUCGGAUUUAAUGUGGCGUUCACUGGAAAUCAGACAAUGUUAUUUGCACAACGAAAGACAGCUAUCAAUUUUUCAACAAUACACCGAGUUGAAUUGUAACUAUGAAUGUGAAAUAAACAAAACUAUAUCCAUGUGUGGCUGUAUGAUGAUCGAAGGAGCUUAUUCAACAAAGUUUCCGGAAAACCAAAUGGUGUGUAAUUGUUUGCCAACAUGUUCCAUGAUCGAAUAUGAAGUAACAGAUACAUCUCAUUUCGACGAUUGGAAUUACUUGAAAUUAACAAAUUUAGUAAAAAAUAAGUGCGUUAUUGUUAACAAAUAG